GGACGCUCCAUCCCACCCUUGCACUAUCCACCAUUAUCCACUGGCUCAACCUUCGGACUCCAUAGGCCUCCGGUGAUCGUCGGAUGUUCUCCGUGUCGAUAAACGAUUGAUGUCUGGUGAUAAUUUGCUAGUGCUCUCUCUGCACAUGCUUCCUAGCCGGGACAGACGGUAGCGGAGACUGGGUUGCCCGAUAAUUGGCCUUGUUCUAAGCGAUUCAAUCAUGACGAUGGAGUGUCUGGCCUGGAGACAGGUACAGUCCAGGCUGUGAUAGGCACCUGGGUAAGUAGCUACCACCCCACUGCAUACCAGAUGCGACGGAGCUCCGGGGGAAGUGGAAGGAGACCUCGGCACUAUUAAUUGAAGCUGCAUUCCCUCCCUAGCAGCGACAAGCUUUCCUCGCCUCGAACUCUGCUUCUCACCCCCUCUCCGGUACUCCCUGCUUGAUUGGAAAGGAUUACACGGCUACGAUGCAGCUUCGAUCGCUUCUGCCAACGGCCGUCUUGGCCUCGUCCCUGCUGGUGGACGGGGUAGCUGGUCGAAAGUUUAACGAAAGACACCUCGAAUUGAUGGAGACCAGGGCAAAUAGGAUGAUGACCUCCUUUGAGCGUCGCACAAGCAAUGACAGUGACACUGUCUUUCGCUUCAUGACCGAUGAGACUGAGCCGUAUCUCGUCGAGAGCUUACCCGAUGUACAUUUCGAUCUGGGAGAGAUGUACUCGGGCUCUAUUCCGAUCGACAAGGGCAACGACUCGAGGAGUCUGUUCUUCGUCUUCCAGACAAAACUUGGUGAACCGGUCGACGAGGUUACCAUCUGGCUUAACGGUGGCCCGGGUUGCAGUUCCCUCGAAGGCUUCUUCCAAGAGAACGGUAGAUUCCUCUGGCAGCCUGGAACGUUUUUACCCGUUGAGAAUCCUUAUUCUUGGGUGAAUCUCACCAAUGUGCUUUGGGUCGAUCAGCCUGUCGGAACCGGCUUUGCCCUUGGUACUCCUACUGCCGACUCUGAGGAGGAAAUCGCGGAAGACUUUGUCAAGUUUUUCAAGAACUUUGAAGAACUCUUCGGAAUCAAGAAUUUCAAGAUUUACGUGACCGGCGAGAGCUAUGCGGGGAGAUACGUGCCGUACAUUUCGGCCGCGUUUUUGGAUCAAAAUGACACGGAGUAUUUUGACUUGACUGGAGCCUUGACGUACGACCCCUGUAUUGGUCAAUGGGACUGGGUCCAAGAGGAGGCGCCUGCCGUGCCAUUUGUCUUGGAGAACACCAACAUGUUCAACUUCAACGAGACCUUCCUGGCAGAGCUGGAGGCGCUGCACGAAUCCUGCGGCUACAAGGAGUUCAUUGAUGAAUACCUUGUCUUCCCAGCCUCUGGUGUCCAGCCCCCCAAAUUCAUGAACUGGACCGCUGACGCCGACUGCGACGUCUACGACACGAUUCUCGAUGAGGCCUUGGAAAUCAACCCAUGCUUUGACUUGUACUCGGCGAAUGUCGCGUGCCCUCUUCUGUGGGAUGUGCUCGGAUUCCCUGGCUCGCUACUAUACUCACCUGCCGGCGCCAGCAUCUACUUCGACCGGGACGACGUCAAGAAGGCCAUGCACGCCCCGAACGUUACGUGGGCGGAAUGCACCGGGGAAGACGUCUUCACCGGCGGCGAUGCCGGCCCAGAGCAAGUGGGCGACAUCUCGGCGAAUCCGAUCGAACACGUUCUCCCGCAGGUGAUUGAACGGACCAACCGCGUCCUGAUCGCCAACGGAGACUACGACUUCUCCGUCCUCACCCUUGGCACCCUGCUGUCUAUCCAGAACAUGACCUGGAACGGCAAGCUGGGUUUCCAGCAGCAGCCGAACAAGUCCAUCGUUAUUGAUCUCCCGGAUCUACAGUACGCAGAGGUCCUGGCAGAGAACGGCCUUUCCAGUUUGGCUGGCGGCCAGGGCGGCAUGGGCAUCCAACACUACGAGCGCGGCCUGAUGUGGGCGGAAACCUUCCAGAGCGGCCACAUGGAGCCUCAGUACCAACCGCGAGUGUCCUACCGCCACCUGGAGUGGCUCCUGGGCCGCAUCGACGAACUAUGAAGGGUGGGGGGUCCUCGUGAUGUUGAAGUAUAGCGAGAAACGCUCAUUAUGGAUGGAGACAUGCUCAAUACUCAUUUUAAAUAGAGGCAUGAGAACACUCAUUAUGGAUAGAGGCAUGACUGGAAUGACUUGAUGUACAUAUCUACA